AUGGCGCCCGCGCUAUGUGUCUUGUGUGGUACUGAACGGGCCCUUAUCAAGAGACCAAAAAACCACCACAAACUCUGCAAGAAAUGCUUCAUCCAAAUUUUCGAAGAUGAAGUGCAUCACACCAUAACCAGCUCCAACCUCUUCACCCCAGGUGAAAGAGUCGCAAUCGGUGCAUCUGGAGGCAAGGACUCCACGGUGCUGGCCUCGGUACUCAAAACACUAAACGAGCGCUACAAGUAUGGCCUCGAACUCGUGCUUUUGAGUGUGGACGAAGGGAUCAAGGGAUACCGGGAUGAUUCCCUCGAGACGGUCAAGCGCAACGCAGUACAGUAUGACAUGCCGCUCAAGAUUGUCGGUUAUGAUGAACUCUACGGCUGGACCAUGGACCAGGUUGUCGAGACUGUCGGUAAGAAGGGCAACUGUACCUACUGCGGCAUAUUUCGUCGACAGGCUCUUGACCGCGGCGCCAAGGUCCUGGACAUCAAGCACGUUGUCACAGGCCACAACGCCGACGAUGUGGCCGAGACGGUCCUGAUGAAUCUGCUUCGUGGUGACCUUGCCAGGCUCUCACGCAGCACGAAUAUCAUGACCGGGGCGAACAGCGCGCUCUCCGACAAUGUGAAACGGAGUAAGCCACUGAAAUAUGCGUAUGAGAAGGAAAUCGUGCUGUAUGCCCACCACAAGAAACUUGACUAUUUCAGUACAGAGUGCUUGUAUAGUCCAGAGGCUUUUCGAGGCAGUGCAAGAAGCUUGAUCAAGAAUCUUGAGAAAGUAAGACCAAGCGCUAUAUUGGAUAUUGUGCGAAGCGGAGAGGACAUGGCCAGACUAGUGCCGUCAGAAAUAUCUGGUUCUUCCUGCGCCUGUAACGGAGAAGGGGAAGCUACUCAGGAAUACCCAGAAGGAGAGCCUGGAGGGUGUGGGUCGGCAAACGGACGGAGUUCAGGAGGAGAAAUGGCCGAGAUGGAAGCACGGCUUCGCAAGAAUCAAGAUUCUGCAGCUCUCGAGGUCGACGUUGGCGCCCUGGAGAACCAAAAGAAAGACGCCGAUGCUCAAAGAACCAUGAGAGUUCCCAUACGAAAUGCGCCUGCGAAGGGCAAGGGUGGAACAGUUACCAGACAGGUAUUGGGAACAUGUAUUCGCUGCGGAUAUAUGUCCAGCCAAGCCAUUUGUCAGGCUUGCACGUUGCUGGACGGACUCAACAAGAAUAGACCACAGAUACAGGUUGGUGAUACUAAUUGA